AUGCUUCGCAAUGGUUCGUCGUUGCUGUCGUUGAAGGCGAUCCAUGCAUCAUCAACAAGAACAAGAACUUUGAGGAAGAAGAGUUUUGGUUUUUUCAUCAAUCAAUUCUAUGGGGUGAAAACAUGUUCAUCAUCCUACUCACGGGCAUUACGGAAUAAAGAUCAUCAAGAAUCAAGGCAACUUUUCAAUCCUGUUAUUUCCGACCACACCAUUCAUGGAAAUCCAAAUAUCUCUUACGUUGGAAACAGCAGCAACAACCACCACAAUUUACGGAAUAUUUCUUUUCAGUUGAAUAAGAAUGAAAAAAUUCCCAAUCAUUUUGAUUAUGUGGUGAUUGGUGGAGGCUCGGGAGGUAUUGCCUGCUCAAAACAACUCUCUCUGGCCUCAAAUUCCAAUACAAAAAUUUGUUUAAUUGAUUACAGAGAUCCAUCCAAUCAUUGGCUUUCGGAAAGGAAUGGCAAGUUGAAUGGCUGGUUAUGGCCACUCGGUGGAACCUGUGUCAAUAUUGGAUGUAUCCCAAAAAAGUUAAUGCACAAAGCGGCACAAAUUGGAGAAACCAUUUCUCGUGACGCUGCUGAAUUUGGAUGGAAAGCAAAGAGCGAGCAACAUGAUUGGAAAACUCUAGUUUCCAAUGUACAAAACUAUAUCAAAUCUCUGAAUUUUGGAUAUCGAACAGCCAUGACACAUACAUAUGCUUUUGAUGCCCAAGAUUCAUCACAAAAAAAGCUCUACUAUCUCAACAUGAAAGCCAAAUUUAUCAAUGACCAUACGCUGGAACUAACGGACCCAAGAAAGCAAACAACACGUACCAUUACAGCCGAUCAAAUCAUUAUUAGUGUUGGAGGCGCUCCCAAUAUACCGAGCGAUGUACCAGGUGCUAAAGAAUAUUGCAUUACUUCAGAUGAUAUUUUCUCGUUACGAGAGGCACCAGGAAAAACACUAGUGAUCGGAGCUUCAUAUAUUGCUUUAGAAACUGCAUCAUUUCUUAGAGGUCUUGGCUACGAUAGCACUGUCAUGAUACGAUCGAUACCAUUGAGAGGAUUCGAUCAAGAAUGUGCUUGGAAAAUUGUGGAUGGUAUGAAAGACAGAGGAACAAAAUUUUUGGAGCGAUGCAUUCCUAUCAAGAUUGAAAAGCUCGACCAAGGAGAAGUUGGUGACGAAUAUUUGGUGCAUUACAAAAAUCUUGACAAUGGAAUGAUUCAAACUGAAAAAUUUAAUACCGUCAUGUUUGCUGUUGGACGAAGGGCUGUGACCUCUGAAUUGAACAUUUCGUUGGAUAUGGAUGAAAAUGGGAAAAUUAUUGUAAAUGAACGAGAAGAAACAUCAAAAAAACAUAUUUAUGCUAUUGGAGAUUGUAUCAAUAGAAAAACCGAGCUCACACCAGUCGCUAUUAAGGCUGGUACACUUUUAGCGAAUCGACUUUGCUCUGCUGGAGAAGAACUGAUGGACUAUGACAAUGUACCAACCACUAUUUUCACACAUCCCUAUGAGUAUGGUUGUUGUGGAUUAUCUGAAGAGGAGGCCAUUGCUCGUUUUGGAGAAGAUCAAAUCGAUGUGUACAUUUCGAGCUAUGCUCCUAUUGAACAUUCACUUGCUCAUCGAGAUGAGAACAAAACUUUUAUGAAACUUAUUUGUCACAAAACAAAUGAAAAUACUGAGAGAGUGAUUGGAUUUCAUUAUGUGGGAGACAAUGCAGGUGAAAUUACAAUGGGAGUUGCAGUUGCUAUGAAAAGUGGAGCAACCAAACAAAAUUUUGAUCAUACCAUUGGUAUACAUCCAACUGCUGCAGAAGAAAUGACACUAUUAACCAUUACGAAACGAUCUGGAAAAUCUGCAGAAAAAGCAGGAUGCUGA